UCAGUCUGCGCCACUUUGGAGCCUAGUUCCGAGGUGAAAAAGGAAGUGUAAGAAGUCGCUUUCUGAUGAAAUUAGUUGGCUCAGUAAUUGGGAUCAGAGUGUAGUCCGCAGAGGCUGAAUACGCCCGCAUUCCCUGACAGUUCGAUAGAUUUAUGUCACGCGUGCACAUUCUGUAGAACAGGAGACUGAAUUAGCUCUCAGCAAUGGGACGAACCUACAUUGUAGAUGAGACUGUUGGCCAGUACCUUUCAAAUAUUAAUCUCCAAGGAAAAUCUUUUGUCUCUGGUCUUUUAAUAGGACAGUGUUCUUCACAAAAGGAUUAUGUGAUUCUUGCCACUAGAACACCACCCAGGGAGGAACAAAAUGAGAACAUCAAACAUCCUAAAACUAAGUUGGAUAAUUUGGAUGAAGAAUGGGCUACAGAACAUGCCCACCAGGUAUCCAGAAUGCUACCAGGGGGACUUAUAGUUCUUGGAGUAUUUAUUAUCACAACUUUAGAACUGGCAAAUGACUUUCAAAAUGCUUUGCGCAGACUAAUAUAUGCUGUGGAAAAGUCUAUGACUAGAAAAAGACUGUGGAAUUUCACAGAGGAGGAAGUUUCAGAACGAGUGAUACUUCACAUUUGCUCUUCUACAAAAAAGAUAUCUUGUCGAACUUAUGAUGUCGAUGAUCCAAAGAGCUCAGCAAGACCAGCAGACUGGAAGUAUCAAAAUAGACUAUCUACCUCAUGGCUUUCUCUUGAGUGUACUAUUCAUAUUGAUAUUCACAUACCACUUUCUGCAACUUCUAUCAGCUGUACUCUGGAGAAAAAUACAAAGAAUGGACUCACACGCUGGGCCAAGCAAAUUGAAAAUGGUGUUUAUUUUAUUAAUGGACAAGUUAAAGAUGAAGAUUGUGACCUAUUAGAAGGACAGAAAAAAUCUAGAGGAAAUACUGAAUCAUCUAGUCAUUCUUUUGAUGUCCGCGUGCUAACACAGUUGCUACUGAAUUCAAACCACAGAUCCACAGCCACAGCCCAGGUCUGCAGCGGUUCUGUAAACCUUAAGGGUGAUGUGAAAUGCAGAGCUUACAUUCAUAGCAAUAAACCCAAAGUUAAAGAUGCUGUGCAGGCAGUGAAGAGAGAUAUAUUGAACACAGUUGCCGAUCGCUGUGAAAUACUAUUUGAGGAUCUACUUUUGAAUGAAAGUCCAGAAAAAAAAGAUUCUGAAAAAGAGUUCCACAUCCUCCCUCACCGAGUUUUUGUACCCAUUCCUGGAUCCACUGUAAUGUUAUGUGAUUAUAAAUUUGGUGAUGAAUCCACUGAAGAAAUCAGAGAGCAUUUUAUAGAGAUGUUAGAUCAGAUGAUUCAAAUGGAAUGUUUAGAAGUUGCAGAGGAAAUAAACACAGCUUUUAUGAGUUCCUCUAUGAAUAAUGAGGCAGCAUUGGACAACACAGAAGCUGAACAGCCAGAGCAACCAGUUAAAACUACAAUAAUAUUGAAAAUUCAGCAAAACAUAGGUAUGAUUGCAGCAUUUGCUGUUGCAGUCCUUGCUGCAGGUAUCUCCUUUCAUUACUUCAGUGAUUAGAGUGAGGCACAAAGAGUUUCCUGGUCAUCCAGUGAACAUUGAUCCAGUGAACUGUGAAUAGUAAAGUUGUCAACAAUCCACCUGCACUUAAGACAGUUGCAGCCACAUCUGCUGCCAUAAUGAGGAUUAGGUAUGUUUCUAAUACAAAAUCACCAUCUGCCUUGGUAGCUCUGCAUGUAUUAUAGGUGGUCCAACUUUUCAAAAAUGAGGUUAUGCAUUUAGGUGAGAGUUGCAUGUAAUUCAUCAUUAUUGUCUAUUUUUAAAAAAGCUUUUAAAGUAAGAUACCAUAGAUUUUAGUCCUGUUGAUUUGAAUCACACAUUGAUUUAGGGCAUUAAACAUUUGAACUGUCAAUUCUUAGUAAUAGUAAUAGAGAAUUAUGGGAAAUUCCUACCAAGUGUGGCCACAGUUUGUGGAGUGACUUCAUCCUUUGGGAUCUGUUUAAUACACACUGAGUUCCAAUAUAUUAUAUGUUUUGUUCUGACUAUGGGCUCGGAAACCUUUCCCAAGAGGUUUGAUUAAUACAGAAAGACAGAUCCUGUUCUUACUCACGUUACCAUAUCAUAACUGUUUUAAUAUGUUAAAUAAGACUUUUGCUUACAGUAGAUUUUAUGCUAGAUUCUGUGAAGCGACUAGAUCCUGAAUAAAAUCUACUUUUGAGUAGGUUCAAAAGAAGGAGGAAAAAUCUUCAAAAACUACACAUCUAUCUUUUUUCCCCUACAAAAAUGAGCAUAUUUUAAGUUGGGAAUCAUGAAUGCUGUUAUAGGCACCCAAGUGCAUUGUGGUUUUCUGGAUGUCAAAUUCCAGCAGCAAUGCUACCAUAUGCAGUUUGCAUCAAACCAAAGGUAGGAAGACAGAUAUGAACAUGAGAUGGUUAAAUAUUUUGUAGUACUUUGUAGCUCCUGGCAGAAAACCUUUCUAAUUUACGUCCAAGGUUCCCAUAGAUUAUGAUUAAGUAAUAUAAUUUUGUGACUGGAAAUCAUCUACAAGAUGAAACCAGAAAGCAUGAGAAGUAACUUCUGGAGAAAGUAAACAUUGAAUUUAGUUCUCCAACUUCUCAUCACCAACCUAAGAAAUAGAGGUAAAGGGUAGAGCCACAGGCUCUGAUCUGAAAACCAGGUGGAAUUCCUAAGAAUGAGAAAUACAUUUAUUGAAAUAAGAAAAAACUUGGAUGUGUUCAACAAUAUAGAACUGAUUCUGUGGAGAACUGAUUGAAGAGACCAGUGAACUAAAAGUUAGAUCUAAAGGCAUUACCAGUUGAACAGCAGGGAGAAACAAGAGCUAGAAAAUAUUAGAAAGUUAGGAGUUCUGAAGGAAAGAAUUAUAAGGACUAGGGUUACUAGGAAGAAACCAUAGAGACAAUGGAGGAGAGAUAGUAUCUGAAGAGAUGACAGAAUUUUCUACAGUUGUUGUGAAAACAGGAAUUCGGGAAGCACAUCAUAUCCAAAACAUAAAAAUCCAUGACUGGGCCACAUACGUGAAUGGUGAGAUACCAAACAAGAUUUUAAAA